AUGUCUACCACAAACAACAUGAACAUGACACAAAUCAGCAUGCAUGUCAGUGCAACUAAUAUGAAAAGAACCGAUGGAAUGAAGAGGAAGUCGUUCUUGUCCAAGAUUCCUGCACCAACUGUUGCCGCAAGUCCAAUGCGCAGAAUUCUAUCUCAUACAAAUAAGAAGAGUCGAUGCAACUUGAUUGACGAGGCUCUUGGGAUCGUCAACUCUCCAGUGAGAUCUUCCAAUGGCAUUGUAUCUAGACGACGGGGCUCCAUGGUGCAAAGACGAGGCUCGUUGCUCUGUGAACGAAGAGCAAGUGAACUUCUUUUCGAUAACGGCGACCGCCUGUCCGAACUCAUGCGCAAUUGCCAAACCGAUUCGGCCGAGUUCAGCAGUGACGACGAGAGCGACUUGGAAGACUGA